ACAAACCAUAUUACUCCUGCAUAUCUUGCACCCCCUGCUCUGAGUGAUUUGGGACUCAUACUAGCAGUAGCAGGAGCAGAUCGAUCGCAGUACUUCAAAUUGUUGACAUCAAGUUUCAUUUCUCAAAAGCUACUCGUGUUAAGGUUGUGGCGACAAAUCUUCAAAUGACGGGUUAGGAUUAAUUGAUGAACUCGCUGCUGCUUUUCUUUCCUGGUCUUCCACAGAGGACUUCGUCAUGGAUAUUCCUACAGAGGGAAUUUGCUUUACCGAUGUUGGUGGUGCCGCAGAGUGGAUAAUUUGGUAUCUUCAGUACAUCGACAACAGGGUCAUAUAUUUUGAUGGUUGGAGUGGAUUCGGGGCAUCGGCUGUUCUUAGAUCCAUAGCAGAUGUGCUUCCAUCUUGCAGACCAUCUUGGUCAGUAUGCUUUGACAGGAUAAUUCACAUAGACUGCUCGGUGUGGAAAAAUAGAAGGGAAAUGCAGAGGGUAAUUGCAGAAGAGCUCAAACUUGACCGCUCGGUGAUGGCCAUUCUAGAUGAGGCAGAUGAAAACGAUGAUUUUUGGGGAAUACCGGAAAGCUCAAGGAACGAGAUGUUAGGUGUUUCAAGAGAAAUUUAUAGAACUCUGAAGGACAAUAGGUUUGUGGCGAUUUUUCAUAACGGAAGUGACAGCGAGGUUGAUUUAUAUAGUUGUGGUGUUCCUCCAUUUGGCAAGUUUGGUGACAACUUUUUGAUAUGGACAUUCGGAAGGAGGUUUUUAACCAUAAAAGACCAUGACCAUGGAAAACAAAAACUAGUAGAAAAAUUGAGGCUCACCCAUUUUUUGCUUUACGACAGAAUACGAUAUUUAACUGGUGAUCAGUAUUAUGCAGUCCUAUGUAAAGAGCCUGUCGCAAUAGCUGCAGGCAUGGACCCGACAAUGGUCGCAGAUUGUCAUAUGUAUGAACUAUUCAUGCAUUGUAGCUUUGACACCACCACUAAAUCUGAUUGGGCUGGACAUUUUCCAAACUAUUUGAUAUGUGACGGGAUACUGCAAGAGGACACAGCAAGGGAGAUAAGCAAGGUGUUACAUAGAGAGAUAACUUGGGAGUCUGAUGCUUCUUUGCUUGAGGAUGUGCUUAUAAAGUUCAAGAAACAUUUAAAGAUUCCAUUGCUGGUACUUAAAGAGAAUGAUGCAUAUGAAGAAGGGCCAUACCGUUGGAUUUCAAUCACAUCAACAGAUAUAACAGUACAUGGUAUGCAACAUAUACCUGCAGAGGCAUCAUCUUUCUUAUUGGCAAGUAAAAGAUCUGCACCCCCACUAGCAUUACCAAAUGGUUUGUUUGCCCGUUCCAGCAAGCUUGGUGUGCUAAUUCUCCGUUGUUGUUCAUUCGAUUUUGCAUCACCUCCUUUUGUAGAAUGCAAUAGCCUAAGGUUCCUUGGAGUGGAUCGUUGUAUCAAUGACCAAACAUAUGAAAGAGAGGAUCAUACUGAAUGGCCAUGCCUGAAUACCUUGUGGGUGCUGGACCUACGUUUCACUGCUUGGAAUGAAAUCCUAUCUGAAGAAAAGAUUGAUCUCAUGGCCAACACAAGAGAGCUAAACAUAGAGGGAGACAUGUGUUGGCAAUACACAACUCGCUUACAAGACCGGCUACCUAACCUUCAGAAACUCCGGAUAAUCAAGCCUACACAAAGACCAGAGGCAACAACAAACACAUGCAACUCCUUCGUACACAAGACAAAGCUAGAGAUACUUGACUUGUCUGGCAAUAGUGAGAUGGAAACUCUACCAAAUAGCCUAUCUAAGGCAAGCAGCCUUCAGGUUCUUGUCCUUGACGGUUGCAUUGGACUCGAAGAUGUUGUUCUGCCUGAUGGGCUUCCACACUUGCUAAGGUCAUUCAGCUUUGACGGCUAUGGGCCAUCAUCCCAAUGGACACCAGCCCUUGAGCUACCUCCAAAACAUUUUCGUCCAUCUACUACAGCAGAUAAGAAGGAGAUCAAUGUCUCCAAGAUCUCCCUAGAAGGCUGCACACACUUGGAGAACUUCUUCAUUCGUGGAUUAGCCAAUCUUCUUGAACUGGACCUUUCUGGAAGUGCAAUCAAGACACUUGAUUUUGAAACUAUGGUGCUGGAAGUGCCGAGGCUAAAGCGACUAUUUCUGCUAGGGUGUGAGCACCUUCGUGCAAUACGAUGGGGGGAGAGUGAUAUCAGCCUGGAGUUGUUGUGCGUAGAUACGAGAGCUCAAGUUGGGUGUCCACGACCGUCCCUCAAUCAGAAUACAUCCUCCAGGUUGCAAGUGUAUGCUGUUCUUUCAGAUGCGAGACUUGUUCGGUCUUUGAGGCAUCCAGUAGAUAAGUAUAUAAGCAGUGGUGGCGACAAUAAAGAUGUUUACCUUGAUAUCCAUGUCACUUCCUCAUCUGUGCACAGUGAGUCUGUUCAAUUCGAAGCAAUCUGCAAGGAGAAGAAGAUUGUCAUGUACAGUGGUCAAGUGCAGCGCCCUGUUGUUCCAGUAGGCAUGUACGAAGAUAUCCUUAGUAUGGUUUGUGUUGCCCCGAUGCAGGCUUUCCCAGAGCCUCCGGAUACCACCAACUUGGAUGGACAUAUCGAGAUUGCUGAAGAGAGCCGUGGCUUGGAUGAACAUAAUUUUUCUGAAAUAUUGCAACAGCACGCAAGAUCACUGCAUGUGCACGAUGUCUUCAUUGGUGCGGGUUUUGGUGGUCCGGGAGACUGGAACUUGCUCAAACAAUGCCGCAUGGAGAGGUGCCCCAAAUUGGAUGUGGUCUUCCCGUAUUGGUCAUACAAAUUUGAUGAGCUAGAGAUCUUCUGGGUGUUGGAUCUCCUGAUGGUCCGCUGGAUUUGCAAUAAAAUAUAUUACCACUACGAUGUGGAUCGUCCGUUCAGAAAUCUGCGCCACCUGCACUUGGGCUCCUGCCCAAGGCUCCAAUACGUGCUCCCGGUGUGGUUCUCCUCCUUCCCCAGCUUGGAGACCCUCCACAUCAUCCACUGCGGUGACCUCAAGGAUGUCUUCGUGCUGAACUACAAUUAUCCGGCCAACGGUGUACCAUUCCCGAAGCUGACCACCAUCCACCUGCACGAUCUCCCGGCACUGAAGCAGAUAUGCGAAGUCGACAUGGUGGCACCCGCGCUGGAAACCAUCAAGAUCCGAGGAUGCUGGAGCCUGCGCCGGCUGCCGGUCGUGGAGGCCCGUGGGCCAGGCGUGAAGAAACCAACCGUGGAGAUCGAGAAGGACGUGUGGGACAAGCUGGAAUGGGACGGCGCGGAGGCCAGCCACUACGAGGCGCCGGUACAUUGUCGCUACUACAAGAAGAAAUUGCCCAGGGGCUCCGUCCUCAGGUGAAUCCUGCAUCGCACUCCACUGCUGCAUUCCUUUCAUGUCGAAUUGAUGAGGGUCAUGGAUGGAUGCUCCUGCUCCUGCUGCUGUAUGAUUGUGUUUGGUUUGCUAUUGUGUGCUUUGAACAACGAAGGACAAAUUCAGGUGUGCUGGGCAUCGAUCGGUCGAUCGCCUGUUGUGUCAGGUGUGAGCUUAUGGUGGCUCUCACCUCUGUGGCUUUCAAAUAAGAAGCGGCGUUGUUCGUGCCUGGGUGCACAGACCUGGCCGAUAUGUGUGGGUUGCGAUUGAGAGUGUUUGCUGCCUGUGUGCCUGAAUGCAGUCUCCUGGUGGCUGUACGUAUGGGUGCUUGGUUGUUUGCUAGCUGUGUUUGGAACAAAAUAACCAAAGCAAGCAGCCGUGUGUGCCUGCGUGUAUUUACAUGUGAGUGUGUGCUAUGUAUCUGAACUGAGCAACAGCUGGUUGCAUGCGGGGCAUCGACCAUGCUGUCCCUUGUGUGUGUACUGUGAUUUCGAAAUAAGCAGCAUCUAUAUAAACCUGUGUGCCUGUUGUAUCA